CAAGGAUAGAGUUGGAUCGGUGCAAAAGAAAAACCAUAUUUUCCAUCGAGCUGAAGUUAUAGUUCAAUUAAUAAAAUCGAAAUUAAGUUAACUGAAGUGUACAGUGCAAUGAAUUCUGAAAUUGACGCGGAUUUGUGUUGUUGUCGUGGAAAUAAUUGAAAAUAGAAAUUGUUUCAGAAAAAAGGACAAUUUCGUGUAGCAGAUUGAUUCGAUUUGGAUUGUGUUUCUUAUUGUUCACUUUGCUGUAAAUUGUUAGGAUUACCUUUAUUCGCAGAUAUACUGAGUGAUCACAUAGUGAUUCACAAUCAUGUCGUCUGUUAAGGUGGCGGUACGUGUGCGUCCAUUUAACUCUCGUGAAAUUGGACGAGAGUCAAAAUGCAUCAUCGAAAUGAGUGGAGCUACCACCGCCAUUACAAAUCCAAAAGUUCCUCCUGGAACGGCUGACUCAAUUAAACGAUUUAACUUUGACUACUCUUACUGGUCACAUGAUCCAAAAGACUUGGAAUUUUCCACCCAAGGAAUGGUUUAUCGGGACAUUGGUGAAGAAAUGUUGCAACAUUCGUUCGAUGGAUAUAACGUUUGCAUAUUCGCUUAUGGACAAACUGGUGCAGGAAAGUCAUACACAAUGAUGGGUAGACAAGAGAUCGAAGGACAAGAAGGAAUUAUUCCGAUGCUAUGUAAAGAUUUGUUUAGACGAAUACAGGACGACGCUUCGAAUGAUUUGAAAUUUAAUGUCGAAGUUUCGUACAUGGAAAUUUACUGCGAACGCGUUCGAGAUCUAUUAAAUCCCAAAAAUAAAGGCAAUCUAAAAGUUCGAGAGCAUCCAUUACUCGGACCGUAUGUGGAGGACUUAUCGAAAUUGGCGGUGACAUCUUAUGAAGACAUUCACGAUUUGAUAGACGAAGGCAAUAAAGCUAGAACAGUAGCAGCGACAAAUAUGAACGAGACCAGUUCUCGUUCGCAUGCAGUAUUCACAAUAUUUUUUACACAACAAAGACACGACCAAAUGACCGAUCUGGUCACCGAAAAGGUCUCGAAAAUUAGCUUGGUUGAUUUGGCUGGAUCGGAAAGAGCUGAUUCAACUGGUGCAAAGGGAACGCGUUUGAAGGAAGGUGCAAACAUUAACAAAAGUCUGACAACGUUGGGUAAAGUCAUAUCGGCACUAGCAGAAGUUUCUGCAUCGAGGAAUAAAAAAUCGAAAAAAGCUGACUUUAUACCAUAUCGAGAUUCUGUCUUAACAUGGCUACUUCGCGAAAAUCUUGGUGGCAAUUCCAAGACUGCCAUGAUUGCUGCAAUAUCACCAGCUGAUAUAAACUAUGACGAAACAUUAAGCACGCUAAGAUACGCUGAUCGUGCUAAACAAAUUGUUUGCAAAGCUGUGGUCAACGAAGACGCAAACGCUAAACUCAUUCGUGAACUCAAAGAAGAAAUACAAAAACUCCGAGAACUGCUCAAAGCUGAAGGAAUCGAGGUUCAAGAAGGACCGGAUGGUAAAGUGGUUUGUGAAAAGCGGGAUCCGAAUAAAGACGAUAGUCAAAAGACCGACUGCAUCAUCAAGGAUAAUGUCAUUUCGCCCAGCAAAGGACGAACCAGAAACGGUUCCAGCACUGACAUGGCUGUUGAUCAGCUGCAAGCCAGUGAAAAACUGAUUGCCGAGCUAAAUGAAACGUGGGAGGAUAAGCUUAAACGUACCGAACAAAUUCGAUUGCAACGCGAAGCAGUUUUUGCUGAAAUGGGUGUUGCUGUCAAAGAAGAUGGUAUCACGGUUGGCGUAUUUUCGCCGAAGAAAACACCACAUCUUGUGAACUUGAACGAAGAUCCGAAUUUAUCCGAGUGUUUACUGUACUACAUAAAGGACGGCAUCACGCGAUUGGGAACGUCCGAAUCGAAUCUGCCGCAAGACAUUCAACUGUCCGGAUCGUACAUUCUCAAAGAGCAUUGUACGUUUGAGAAUCGAAACGGUGUCGUUACAUUGAUACCGCACAAGGAUGCGCUGGUUUAUUUGAAUGGCAGGCAAUUGGUCGAUCCCGAAGUUCUGACAACUGGAUCGCGUGUUAUUUUGGGCAAGAAUCAUGUUUUUCGAUUCACUCAUCCGGAACAAGCCCGCGAGAUUCGCGAAAAAGUCAAUGAAAUACCGGAAGCCGGAGGUGAAACGGCUGAUUGGAAUUUUGCACAUUGUGAACUUUUGGAGAAACAGGGCAUCGAUUUGAAAGCAGAAAUGAAAAAACGAUUGGUCGCAUUGGAGGAACAAUUUAAACGUGAGAAAAUGCAGGCGGAUCAAGAGUUCGAAGAGCAGAGAAAGUCGUAUGAGGCACGAAUCGACGCCUUACAGAAACAAGUGGAAGAGCAAUCGAUGACCAUGUCAAUGUACAGCAGCUACAGCCCAGAAGAUUUUCAUCCCGAAGAAGAUAUUUUCGUCAAUCCACUGUUCGAAUCGUGUUGGACAGCUCGUGAAGCCGGUCUUGCUGCUUGGGCAUUCCGCAAAUGGCGUUACCAUCAAUUCACAUCACUCAGAGAUGACUUGUGGGGCAAUGCAAUAUUCCUGAAGGAGGCAAAUGCAAUAUCCGUCGAAUUGAAGAAAAAAGUUCAAUUCCAAUUCACUCUGCUAACUGACACUCUCUAUUCACCGCUACCACCGGAACUGGCACCAGCAGCGCUAACACCUGUUCCGAGUGACGAAGAAUUUAGUACGCCACCGGUUCCGAAGACGAUUGUUGCCGUCGAAGUUACUGAUACCAAGAAUGGGGCAACGCAUUAUUGGACUUUGGAUAAAUUGAAUUACCGGCUAGAACUAAUGCGACACAUUUACAACGCUGAAAGUCCACCGUCAAUAGUGGAUGGUGCGUCGCAAUUGGAGUCUGGAAAUCAAGAAUUAUCCGCAACUAGUGCUGCUGGUGGCAAUAAUAAUAAUAAUCAGCUAUUGCAAUGCAUAACCGACUGUGCCAAUGCGUCAAGAUUAUCUCUGAUAAAUCUUUUACCUUCUAGACAACGCUUAGAGCUGAUGCGAGAAAUGUACCAUAACGAAGCCGAACUAUCACCAACAUCACCAGACUACAACGUUGAAAGUUUAACCGGUGGGGAUCCAUUCUACGAUCGGUUUCCGUGGUUCCGCAUGGUCGGACGUUCGUUCAUUUAUUUGAGCAAUUUGUUGUAUCCUGUUCCACUGGUGCACAAAGUAGCUAUCGUCAAUGAACGAGGUGACGUUCGAGGCUACUUACGGAUUGCUGUGCAACCUGUUAUGGAUGAGGAAAGCAUUGACUUUAACAACGGUGUGAAGCAAUCUGCAAAAAUUGUUUUUGGCGAAGAAAUGCCCAAACCCAAAACCAGAUCUUUGGCUAAUGAAAAAGACGAACGUUACAUUGAAGGAGGUGAAUGCAAAAUUGAAGGUAGAAAAUUGGAAUUGGAAGAUGCUGAUUCUGGACGUGGCGACUCGAGUGUAUCGUCUGAACUUCAAGAAGCUGUUGAAGAUGAUAAUGAACACUUGCAAAUUGGAAAGGAAUUCACGUUCCGUGUUACUGUACUUCAGGCCACUGGCAUUGCAGCAGAAUAUGCGGAUAUUUUCUGUCAAUUCAAUUUCUUGCAUCGUCACGAAGAGGCAUUCUCAACAGAGCCGGUGAAAAAUUCUGGUUCCGGUGCUCCACUUGGAUUCUAUCACGUUCAAAAUAUAACGGUUCCGAUAACGAAAUCAUUCAUUGACUACCUAAAAACCAAACCGAUCAUGUUCAAAAUCUUCGGCCAUUAUCAACAUCAUCCACUGCACAAAGAUGCAAAACAAGAAUUCCAGGCACGACCACCUCCACGACGAAUGUUACCGCCCAGCAUUCCCAUCAGUCAACCAGUUCGCAGUCCCAAAUUUGGCCCAUUACCAUGCCCACCAUCAUCAACAGUACUAGCAAAACAUGACGUUCUUGUGUGGUUCGAAAUCUGUGAACUUGCACCGAACGGUGAAUAUGUUCCAUCUGUGGUCGAGCACAGUGACGAUCUUCCAUGCCGUGGACUAUUUCUAUUGCAUCAAGGCAUUCAGCGUCGUAUUCGCAUCACCAUCGUACAUGAACCGACACCGGAAGUGAAAUGGAAGGACAUUCGAGAAUUGGUUGUUGGACGCAUUCGUAAUACACCCGAACCGGCCGAUGAAUUUGAUGAUGAUUCGUGUGUAUUGUCGCUUGGUCUGUUUCCUGGUGAAGUUAUGGAAGUGCCUGGAGAUGAUAGGUCAUUUUUCCGAUUUGAAGCAGCCUGGGACAGUAGCUUGCAUAAUUCAAGUUUACUCAAUAGAGUUACACAAACCGGGGAAACUAUUUACAUUACAUUAAGCGCUUACUUAGAGUUGGAAAAUUGUGCUCGGCCUGCUAUUGUCACCAAAGAUCUGAGUAUGGUCAUUUAUGGACGCGACGCUCGAACAGGACCAAGAUCAUUGAAACAUCUGUUUUCGGGACAAUAUCGCAAUCCGGAAGCCAAUCGAUUGUCGGGCGUUUAUGAACUCUCAUUGAGGAGGGCAUCUGAAGCAGGUAGUCCAGGAGUCCAAAGACGUCAACGCCGAGUAUUAGACACAAGUUCCACAUAUGUUCGAGGUGAAGAAAACCUUCAUGGUUGGAGACCAAGAGGAGACUCACUGAUUUUCGACCAUCAAUGGGAACUUGAAAAAUUGACACGUUUGGAAGAGGUUGGUCGAGUGCGUCACUUACUUCAAUUGCGCGAACGACUCGGCAUGGACACAAAUCCAAAUCCAACCACAAAAACAGAGAAAGAUGUUUGCAAUUUAGCUGCACGAGCAUCGUCGUCACCCGUACAUUUAGUUAUUCCGCCGUCACCACAAACACCCGUCAAAGACCAUCAACCAAUUGUACCCGACCGAGACUACACACAAAAAGAACAGGAAUUGAUGCUGAAAUGCGUGAAUUUGAUACAAGGACGCAUUGGUUGUGGCAAACAGGAUUGCGUUGAAUCAUCAAACAACACAUUGCAAGUGGAUGCAUCGCCCGGUGAUGAAGGAUGCGCUGAUAUGAACAUGAGUUAUUUGUCUGGAAAUUCGAUAGAAUUAUGCUCGCCGGAUCGUGUAGAUAUGCCAAACGGCUGGGAAGCGCCAGCACCGGCUCUGCAACCAACAUUACCGUUACGACUGUAUGUACCGGAAUUGGAAGAAAUUCGAGUCAGUCCGGUUGUUGCUAGAAAGGGAUAUUUGAACGUAUUGGAACAUGGCGGUUCCGGAUGGAAAAAGCGAUGGGUGACGGUUCGUCGUCCUUAUGUCUUCAUCUAUCGAUCCGAAAAAGAUCCUGUUGAACGGGCAGUAUUGAAUUUGGGCACAGCACAAGUGGAAUGCAGUGAAGAUCAGGCAGCUAUGGUCAAGAUUCCAAACACAUUCAGUUUUGGAUUUUGUAGUGUUGUGACCAAACAUCGUGGCUAUUUGCUACAAACAUUGGGUGAUAAAGAAGUGCACGACUGGCUGUAUGCCAUCAAUCCAUUAUUGGCUGGACAAAUUCGGUCACGAUUGGCCCGGAAAAACUUAGACUCCGCACAACAACAACAGCAACAACUUCAACAAGCACAGACAGCACUGUGCGACAACAAAUGAGAUACAAUCACAAUGGAAUCUGUGUUAGUGUAUUAACGACUCGAAAGGAUUUAAAAAAAAUGAGUUUUUGAUUUGUACAUAAAAUUUAUUUUUCGAAAGAUUUUUGUUUUUGUACGAUUUGUUGAUUAUUUUUAUUGUUUGUUUUUAAAUUAAUGAAUUAUUGUUAUUUUUUUGUUGACAAAGAAUUAUUGUAUUUUAAAUGCAGGUACUUUCGAAAUUACCCCUUGUUCUGUCCAUCGAUUUUAUGCUCAAAAAAUAAAUUCAUCCGAUUAAAAAGAGAACCAGUUUUUUAUACCAAAAAUACUCAUGAUAAUAAUGAUUUUUGUUUGCACUGAGUCUGGAUUAAGUAUACACUAAAACAUAUUCCAUUCGUGAUAUAAAUGAAGAAAAUUGAAAUAAAAUGAAAAUUGAAAUAAAAGUUAAAAGUAAAAAAGUGAAUUUAUAACGAAAUUCGUACAGAUAAACUGACUGGGUAAAUAAGAACUACAAUAACUAAAUAAAAUAAAUAAAUAAAGAAACGGGAAACCGUCAGAGGGAUAUUUGCAAUGAUGUUUAUAGAGAAAUGGUAGACAAUUUUUCAUAUAGAAAAAAUUAACCGGAAAUAAUGAUUGAAUGAAGAAAGGCAACUACGAAGAAGUAUAACAUUUAAAAUUUAAAAGAAUUAUAUUUAAUCAUUGUAAAUGCUGUCAUAGAUUGAUCUCAACUGAAGUUAAUAAAACAUAAAAUAUUAUAAUAAACCAGUAUGUUCAACCAGAUAAACCAAAUAAAUUAAACAAAACAAGAAAAACAAAAACUUUAUUCAAUUAAGUAUAGAGACAAGUCCGAUUGACAACCCAAGCAUAUAAAAAAGGAACCCAACCAAAUGGAAGAAAUUAAAUAUCUAGCGAAAUAUUUAUGAAUUCUAUAUUUAGAUAUUUAAACAGAGAAAGAACAAAAAAUCCAAAAAUUACAAAAUGGCAAAAUAUUUAUGAUCAAAGUGUAUUCAAAAUGAAACAACAACCAAAAACAAAAAUGGGAAUAAAGACAAAAUAUUCCCGGUAAACCAUCUGUCUAAAAUAUUACUAUGAUUAUGAAUUAUAUAUCUACAUUAAUUUAAACAACCUAAUGGUAAGCGCAUAAAUGCAACAAAAUAAUGUAGAGAAACAUACCACACAGCAACACAGAUUUUAUAAAACAAAAUAAUUUCAUAAAAUUUAUAUUUUGUAGAUGCUUUUUUAUUCGAUCUUUUAACUGUGCAAUGGAUCAUCAUUACCAGGGUCUAUUAUUGGCAAAUUUGUUUACCGAUUUUACUGAAGUUUACCAAAAUUUACCGAAGUUUACCGAAAAUCUACCGAAUUUAUCGAAAAAUAAUCGGUAAAUUUUGAUAAGUUUCGGUAAAUAAAUUUACCAAUAAGAGGCUUUGAAUUACCAUAAUGUCUCUAAUGUUAUACUCUAGUGGUAUAUUGUAGUUUGUGUAGUUGCAUAGAAUAAUUUAACGUUGGCUGGUGUCGUCGUUCAAUUAUUGUCCUUGAAACUGUCACUGUUCCGACUAAAUUCAUUUUUCAGCCCAAAAAUUUCAUUGUCCAUUUAACUGAGACAAAUUUAACUAUAGCUAAGUCGUGCGCGAUGCUGAAUUUAAAUUCUGGAACUAUCCCUAAACCGUCGCACAUACACAAGGCCUUACUAAAAUACUAUCGCAAAAUGAAAACAAUCCAAAACGAGAUCCGACAUUCGCAACAUUUUGUUUGGAUUCCGUGUAACAACUUAACAACAUGGAUAUGUGUGUUUCGAAGAACUGAUAAAGAAACAAAAUUUGACACAACGAUUAUACCGCGAGAAAUUCUUUUCUAACGGUAAAUUGAAAGAGGUUAAGACUUAUACCACGACCACGAAAUGCCAAUUGUAAAACUUCUAUGCAACAUAAUACAGAUACUACUUCUUGUAAUAAUGGGGCUGUAGUUUUGGUCCAUAAAACACGUCACCUACAACGUGCCUGACGCACAUACUUCAAUUGAUGCCUUUGCAUAAUAUAGAUGCAUACCGAAUUCGAAACGCAUGCAAAGUCUGUGUGUUUCGUAGAUUUAUAUUUAGAUUCAUGAACCUUUAACAAACGGUAUCGCGAUAUUUACAAAUGAUUUAAAAAUCAGUCACAUCAUUUGUUUAAAUUAACGCCCAGGGUUCGAUGCAAAAUCUGUUACUUCAUUGGAUUUAACAUAACUUUUGGUUAUAUAGAAGAACGCCAGUCCGAUCUCGUUUCUAAAAGUUUAUGAUUGAUGAGACUCAUCAGAAAGAUUUUUUCUGUUGUUUUUUUCACAAAUUAUCAAAGACACGAAAGAUUUUUUUAAAACAAAUUGGAGAGUAGAUGGGGUUGUAAUUAGUGUAAAAUGUAUGUAGCACAGCACCAAGAUCUGUUAAAUUUCCAUCACAAGUUCGCCUUUUAAACUUUUAACAGGAGUGAGUCUAUCUACGUCACUGGGUGAUGUGAUUUAUGGACGACCCAUUAGUAUGACAAGUCGAAUAUUGAUUUUUCGUUACAUUUUGGUUUUGAAAAAUGGAGAUUAUAUUAGUAAGCACACGAUACAUCCAUGUAUUCAGUGGAUUUCUGCAAUUUAGUUAUUCAAUCUUUGAAUUAUCGGAUGUUACUUGUCGACGUCGUUGUCUUGUUAAAAACAGAAUUUUUCUUUUUGUGUAGAUAAAUUUUCAAUUUAAUUUUUCUAAUAAAAACUUAUGUAAAACUCCCCAAUGUGCUUGAUAUUUAAUGAGAAUUUAGAAAAAAAUAAAUAAAGAAAUGGCUUCGCGCUGCAUAUAUUAAAAUUCACUCACACCCAUUUUGAAGAGAAUGAGAAUUUACGAAUGGAAAAUGGUAUGAAUGACGAAACAUGUUGCAUCCUGUAAAUUUUUGCUAAAUAGAAAAAAGAAAAUUUAUUUUUUUAUUUAAAAAGAAAGAAAAGAACACGAAAAAAAAACUCAUUUUAAAAUUGCUCUCAUUUUCAUGCUGGCUUAUGUAUACGAAAUAAGUAGAGAAUGGAAUAAAAGGCCCGCGAAAACGUUGACGAAUAAUUGAUGGAUCUGAAGCGUUUCUCAUUCAUUUAUGCGAUUGACAUAAAUGUUAUAGACGAAACCGGAAAUGAUUUCAAUAGUAUGUGUCUGUCUGAAUAGUUCUUUUUCUGAACGUGCGAAUAAAAAACAGUUGCAUUCUGCUUGCUUAUGGAAACGAAUCCGUUUCAUUUGUUAGCUAACAUUGAAUUUACGUAAUUAGAAUUGUACGCUAGCGUCAUCCGAGAAUGUAUAGAAUACAAGAGAGAUUAGCUAAAAAUGAAAUUGUUUUUUAAAGUAAUUUUCUUCAUCACCGCCACUCGAGGCGUAUAUAUAUUUUCCGAGUACGCUCGAACAUGAUGGUGAUGAUGAAGAAGCUCUCGAUAAUAUCGAGUCGAUAUAAAUGAGCUAAAAGUAUUUAGUGAAAGUAUAACAAGGAAAUUGAAGUGCAAUGAAAAAUAAAACAACCGAAAAACUGGAAUAGGGUAAAUUAGAAAAUAUAUUUAUCAACAAACAAACAAAGAAAAAGAUGAUUGCAGUGGAAUGAACAACUGUGAUUAGAUAGAUAAAAGAAAAUAACGAGCAUUGCAUCCGGAUCAGCUUUAUACAAAUUUUUAGCAUUUCAUUUCGUUUUCUUUUUUGGAAACAGAAAAAA